CCUUUCAGAGGACAUAAACCACGCCCACAACACAACACGCCCCGCCCAUAUCCCCAAAAGGCCACGCCCACGCGUUUCCAGAUAAAUCAUUCGCCUGAGCGCUCUGAGCUGAAUCACACCAUUAUCCCUCCUCCUCCGGGAAAUACGCACAAAAACAUCGGAUUUUUAAUGUUGUUCGGUCAUUAAAAGAAAAAAGAAAAAAAACAAAAUAGGAUCAGCGAACACGGGUUGUUUACUGAAAACAGCACUGAAGAUUUAUUUAUAAAAGAAAGAGAGAUAGGGAAAUAUUCAGCACAACAAGCGAGUCAGUCUGAAGAAGCGGAUAUAAAGUGUUAUUCUGUAUUUCUUGUGUUUUUUUUAUACACCACUUAGAAGGACAGAAAUCAAAAGAAAGUGACUGCAUUAGACUUUUGGGUGAAGAUGAAUACCGUUAGAGGAGAAGUGUGAACUAAAAGCAAACUUACCUGCGCCGUUCACCUUGUGAGGACAGAAGGAGGAUUAAAGCAGCUGUAGAGGUUUUGGUGGCGACCGUCGAACUGUGUGAUAGUUCUGAAAGGUGGAGGAUUUUGAACGUCUUUAUCGGGGCACAAAUGCAAAUGAGUGACACCCUAAUGACACAAUGGUCUUGAAGAAGGAACAACUAUAUUCAAGCUCCAUUGCUUAUGCUAGUGCUGUGUCAACCAUGCCUCCGGUGUCCUACACAAUGACGGCUUCUUGACUCGGGAGUCCUAAAGUAGGUGCAGAUCGUUUUUAAAUGGGAAAGAAAUAAGCGUCCCUUCCUGGACUGACGACAAGUGUCGCAUUUCAGUGGCUUUUUCCAGAAUUUUCAAGCAGAUCCUGUUUCCUGGUGAGGCGCUGGUGGUCCGACUUCUGCGAUAUCUCUCGACCCGUGCUGAUCUCCGGCGUGUCCUGCAGAAAGCCCGAUUAGCCUCGCUAGCCCUCGGUCGUCAGGAGAUUGUCGGGAUCUGUCCCAAGGGCUUGUCGUUUCCCGUCAGGACCGAACAAUGAGUCGCUUUGCUGAGCCAGGGAGAUGAUUAGACAUGGAGAACGUCUACACCAAAGGCUUCCCGACACCCAGUGGGAUGUGAGCGGAUCGGUGGCGGGCCGAGUGUGAAGGAGCAUGGUGAAACACCAACCCUUACAGGUCUAUGAGAGACAGCUGUGCUUGUCCUGCCUGACCGGGAUCUACGGGUGCCGCUGGAAACGCUACCAGCGCUCUCACGAUGACAGCUCCAAGUGGGAGUGCUCCUGGUUCCUCAUCCUGUGCUCCUCGUUUCUCCUCCUCCUCGUCUGGUCUUACUUCUGGUGGGAGGCUCACAACGACUACAACGAGUUUAACUGGCUGUUAUAUAACCGGUCAGGGGAGUGGAGCGAUGGUACCGUCCCCAUUCUCGCCACCACGCUCGUGGGAUUCUCUUACACUGCAUUUUUAAUGAUAUUAGGCCUUUGCCAUAUCGCUCUGGGACAGCAGCUCAAUCUCUACUGGGUUCAUAAGAUUGGCGUGCUGGCCGUCCUGCUCAUCACCAUCACAGGCGUGGUGUCCAUCGAUGACUUAUGGCGGGACGAAUGGGACAUCAUCCUCAUCUCGCUGCAGUCGACUGGACCCUUCCUGCACAUUGGGGCCGUGGCUGCCAUGACGGCGUUGGGGUGGAUUGUCGCAGGUCAGGUCGUGCGUGGAGAAAGAACGAGAUUUCAGGUAUUGCUGCUCCUGCUGUAUGUGUGUGUUCUCCUGGCUCUCUAUCUGACUCCCCUCACCAUCUCCUCCCCCUGCAUCAUGGACCGAUCGAACCUGAAGCCACAGCCCACCAUCAUCAGCCGCCGAGGAGCUCCGAUGCUCGCUCCGGAAAACACCAUCAUGUCCUUCAACAAAGCCUUGCAGCAGAAAGUCAGCGGCUUCGAGGCUGACGUCACCAUCAGUGCAGACGGAGUGGCCUUCCUGAUGCGUGACCAUACGCUGCACCGCACCACAGACGUGGACCGGGUCUUUCCUCGGCGGCAACACGAAGACGCCUCACUCUUCACCUGGCCUGAGAUACGCUCUCUAAACGCUGGCCUGUGGUUUCUCAGGGAUGACCCGUACUGGACGGCCCAGUUCAUGUCUGUGAAGGAGCGAGGCCGAGCAGCCAAUCAGACGGUGUGUAGUCUGGUGGACCUGCUGCGUCUGGCGGUAAAGACGAACCGCACGGUGAUGUUGAGCCUGCGCAGUCCUCCACCUCAACACCCACGACACGAGCUCUGGAUCAGCGAUGCCCUAAAGGCCGUGCAGCGCUCCGGCAUCCAGUCUGAACAGGUGAUGUGGAUGAAAGACUGGUACAGGAAGAAGGUGCGAUCCGCUGUGCCCAGGCCGGAGCAGACGGACGAGAAGCUUUCUGCAGAGGAGUUUAAAGAAAGGGGAAUCCGUACAGUGAGCUUACACUACAGCCAAGCAACAGAACCAGAAAUCAGACGCUUCAGAGGCAGCAACGUGAGCGUGAACGUGUACCCGGUGAACGAGCCGUGGCUCUACUCGGUGUUGUGGUGCAGCGGCGUUCAUUCCGUCUCGUCCGACGCCCCUCACAUCCUCCGCAAAGUGCCUCGGCCCAUCUGGUUAAUGAGUCCAGACGAAUACUGCUUGAUAUGGGUCAUGGCUGAUGUAAUAUCCGCAGCAGUCGUCAUAGGAAUAUUUAUAUUUCAGAGCUAUCACUUCAUCAGGUGGAGGAUGAGCGGGAUGCGCAGCUACAACCCGGAGCAGAUCAUGCUCAGCGCCGUGGUGCGCAGAUCCAGCCGCGACGUCAGCAUCAUGAAGGAGAAACUCAUCUUCUCAGAAAUAAACAACGGAGUCAGUAGCACAGACGAGCUGCCUCUCUACACGGAGCACGGAUACGAAGGAUACGCGCGCGACACCAUUUCCCGCUGAGCCGGAUAUCAUUUGGAGCGCGUCUGGAAAUAUUUUUCCUGGACUCUGGGAAAGUGCGUUGUUUCUUUUGGACUGAACUGCUGUGCCGCCGCCGCCGCCGCCGACGACCAGCGUCUGUGAUUUUGGUCUUCAAGUGGAGCUUGUGGAGCUCUGAAUUGCACAGCUCGGUGUGAUGGGAUUUGUAUGGAUUAUUUAUAUAAAGGACCUUCACUCUGAUGCCUUAUGCUCUGUAUUAAAGCGGCUAUAAGAUGAAAAAGUU